GAGAGAAGGGCAGAGAAAGAGCGUGGCCUAAAAGAGAGCUCAACCAAAACCACAGAAAGGGUCUCAUCUCUUCUCCUUCUAUUUCUUCUUCUCCUCCUACUUCCCAUGUGAUCUCCACAUGCUCUUGUUCUUCUUCUCCAGUUAAUUUGCAUUAAGCUUUUCCAAUGGAGUUCUCCAUCUUCUUCAUUACAUUAAUGUUCUUAUUCACUUCUCCGGCCACCAUUGCUUCUCUAGUUCAAGAAUUCAGUUAUCAAGAUGCCCUUUCCAAGAGUCUUCUUUACUUCGAAGCCCAGCGUUCCGGCCAUCUCCCUUACAACCAGCGUGUCACAUGGCGGCACCAUUCCGGUCUCACUGACGGUCUCCAACAAGGGGUAGAUCUUGUUGGUGGAUAUUACGACGCCGGUGAUCAUGUCAAGUUUGGCCUUCCCAUGGCUUUCACCAUCACAAUGCUCGCUUGGAGUGUCAUUGAAUACGGCGACGAGACCACCGCCGCCGGUGAGUACAAACAUGCAUUGGAGUCAAUCAAAUGGGGCACUGAUUAUUUCAUAAAAGCUCACACCAAACCAUACGUCCUCUGGGCUGAGGUAGGAGAUGGAGAUACCGAUCACUAUUGCUGGCAGAGACCAGAGGACAUGACCACGUCUCGAAGAGCUUAUAAGAUUGAUAAUGAGAACCCCGGCUCCGAUCUCGCCGGUGAGACUGCAGCUGCAUUGGCAGCUGCUUCUCUUGUUUUCCGGAAAUCGAACCCGCAUUAUUCUCAUCUCCUCUUGCAUCAUGCUCAACAAUUAUUCGAAUUUGGGGACAAGUAUAGAGGGAGAUAUGAUAGCAGCAUUGCUGCAGUUAAAAGUUAUUAUGCGUCGGUGAGCGGGUAUAAAGACGAGUUGCUGUGGGCUGCAUUUUGGCUUCACCGGGCCACCGGGCAGAGCAAUUAUCUCGACUACGCCGUCGACAAAGCUCACUGCUUUGGAGGGACUGGUUGGGCUAUUUCUGAGUUCAGUUGGGAUGUUAAGUAUGCCGGAGUUCAGAUUAUGGCUGUUCAGAAUUUAUUGAAAAAGGAGCUUCAACCAAACCAGAAACACAUACUAGAGCAAUACAAAACAAAGGCUGAACAUUAUGUAUGCUCAUGCCUUGGCAUGAACAAGGGCGAAAAUGUCGACCGAACACCGGGAGGGCUUCUCUACAUUCGGCAAUGGAACAACAUGCAGUAUGUCUCCGGUGCCGCCUUCCUCCUCACAGUCUUCUCCGACUUCCUAAAAUCAAUGGGGACUGACCUACACUGCCCCAAUGGAACAGUAACAUCAAAUCAAGUCCUCUCAUUUGCAAAAUCACAAGUAGACUACAUUUUAGGGUCCAACCCAAUGAACAUGAGCUACCUUGUUGGGUUUGGGACUAAGUACCCUAAAAGAGUGCACCACAGAGGAGCUUCCAUAGUGUCCUACAAGGAGAACAAGGGGUUCAUUGGUUGCACACAAGGGUAUGAUAAAUGGUAUGGUAGGAGGGAUGAGAACCCUAAUGUGCUUGUAGGGGCCCUUGUUGGGGGACCUGAUUGCCAAGAUAAUUUUGGUGAUGAACGUGGGAAUUACAUGCAAACAGAGGCUUGUACUUAUAAUACUGCGCCAUUGGUGGGAGUGUUUGCCAAGUUGCAUGCUUUGAGUGAUGGAAGUCGCCUUCAGGAAGUGGUUUCCUCUUCUGCUUAUGCUUAUGAUAAUUAUUAGGGGUUCAAUAGAUAUUUUAUAUAUGAUAUAUACCGGAAUUUCUUGUUUAGAGUUUGAUAUAAUUACAUAAUUCAAAGAGA